AUGGCCGACGGACUACGCAGCCUCCAGAGGACGAUUGAGGCUUACCGCCGCGGGAACUAUUCUUUGGAGUACGACGACCGCAACGAAUCUGAGGUGAUGGGUUAUAUCCAUGGUUACUACAAGGAGGCGUUCGAUCGGCUCCCUUGCCCUCUGGAUCCGCUCGUCCUCGAGGCUGGCUUCUGCUUCGGCUUCUUCGACCCCGUCUCCAACAUCAUCGCCAACACCGCCGCCUAG